AUGGUGGCCGUAAUCAGAUCCAACCUGUAUACGAGCCUGGGUGCCCUCACCCUUGGCGGGUUGACAUCUACCGCCCUGUCGGGCGUUGUCGGCAUGCAAGUCAUCCUGUACUUUCGGCUUUACGAGAAUGAUGCGCCCAUCCUGAAAGCGGUAGUACAGUCAGAAUUGCACCGCAAUUUACUCCUGAACGACUGCAGUUUCCUGGACAUCCUCCACACAUGCUUUGUCUGGGCGGCAGAUUGGAUGUACCUGGUAUCGUCGUUUGGAGACAUGAAUAUCACGGAUCAUGUGUUCUGGUGUGUUUCUCUACUCUCGCACAUAAACGAGCGCGGGGGUGCGUCCUAUGUCUGGGAAGUACUCAAAGAGCGUCGACUGAUUGCGCUGCGCAUCCAGCUCACCAUCGCGUUGACUGCGAUAACAACCUUCGUUGUACAUCUCAAGGGCAAUUAUUUCGUAACCGCGCCGAUUGUCAUCAUGGCUACUACUCGUGUUGCUGCUGACUUCUGUUCUAGUUUCGGCGAUUGGAUCCGGCUUGGGAGUUAUUUUGAAUUCUACACCCAUUACCGUUGGCUCUUCACGCUUGGUCUGGUUCUGUCUACCGUUGUCGACAUCAUCAUCACGUCCAGUCUCUGUCUCUAUCUCCGCAAGAGUCGCCAUGGGGGAACGGGGAGACUCGACCACAUCCUCAACUCAGUGACGCUUUACACGAUUGAGAAUGGCAUGAUGACCUGUAUCGGCACCGUUUUGUCUCUCGUUUUCUGGAUUGUCAAACCACACGCGCUCAUCUACCUCGCCCUGCACUUCGCCAUCGGCAAAUUGUACGCCAACUCGUUCCUCGCUUCUAUGAAUGCGCGCAAGCUGCUGCGCGUGCAAAAUGCGUCGAGCUCGGGCUCGGGGCACCGCCUCCCCGUCAUCUUCACGCACGGGCUCUCCGCCCGCGAUCGGCGCUCGUCGCCGGACGAGGUCGACCUCACGGGCACCAAGGUGCGUGCCCUGGCCGCCACGCCCGGAUCGAGCGCUACUGACGACGAGCUCCUGGGUGGGAUGCAGCUGCAAAUCACGGUGGACAAGACGGUCGACUACACGGCGGACGACGCGAUCCCUGCCUCGCCCUCGCGCCUGCCCCCGCACGACGCUAAGGGGCACUGA